GUUUUUAUUAUGCUGAAAUCUUGGUUUUAAUUGUGCAUUAUGUAAUGAUUUUUGUGAGGUUGGAUAGUUUUGCCGGAAGCUUUAGUUUGAACGGUACGACAUUUGGAAGAAUGGUUCCCUGAUGAAGUGGAAGUUCGUCACAUGGAGCAUAUUAACGGUUUUUGAGAACGAACGGUGCAGUUUGUCAGCUGUGAGCAGUGAAGGGACGCAGCAGCAAUACGACAAAUCGAACAAUUUAUCGCCAAUAAUCUGUUGAUUAUGCGGAAAGUCCCAGGCCAAGUAUCUUUUCUCUGCAUUUUAUGGCCGUUGCCAAGUACGACUUUUUCGUGCCGUAUCAUAUGUUUCGCGCUGGAAAGCAAAGUCCAAGAACAAAGCCAAAGAAUUUCCGAGGAUACUGAUUUGUACAUGUACAGAACAAACGGCAGUGGUCGCAACAACAAAGAUUCAGUAGCAUAGGGGGACUGGUUCGUUUAUGUAUGUUUGGCGUGUACAGCAGCAGCAGCAUCACUCCCCAAAUAGGCCAAGGGAGGCCAAGUAUUGGCCACUGUGUGUACCAGAAUCCGGGACCUGGUAUAGGAUGAUGAUGAUGAUGUGUUGCCAAGCGUUCAAAUCGUUUUGACUAUGGCCCGAGAUGCAGAGAGUGAAGUAGUGGUUGGGAUGCGGUGGACUAUGGUUUAGUUACAAAACAUGAUGCUGUGCCUGCUGCUGUUGUGGCUGCUAGUGUACAUUAGCAUUUAGAGGAGUGAAUUUCAACGAGCUGUUUUACGUUUAAUGGAGACGCAUGGUGGUUUUUGGUUUGAUUGCGUGGUGAAACGCUAAAAGGGAACUCGCGUGUACCUGGAUGCUACAAAUUAAACAAGUACCGCAGCAGCAUCCGACGUGUUUCUGAAGAGCGGGAAGAUUUUAAUUGGCGCAAAAGUUCAAACGGUUACGGCGAAGAUGAACCGGUGUUGCUGACACCGGGUUGGUUGAUUUGGUCGCGAAAGCCGCGUGGUAUGACAUAAAUUCGGCCGUUGCGCGAUAGUGAACAGAUCGACAGCAGGUGAUGUCGGCCGCGGACAGGCGCAGUAAUUUAAUUAAAUCCCAGUGCGAUACUAUCGUGUCGGGCUCGGCGAUUGAUUUGCUCGCGAUCACGAGUGACGACGACGAUGGACGCCAGGAGCACGAGGAAGAUCAGGGUAGUGGCGUGAUCAAAAAUAGCUACCACACGUUGUCGGUCAGUGGGACGCGGAACGAGGACCAUCACAGCAAGACCAUCAACGCACGCCGCCGGUGGAAGCUGCUUGCCAAGGCGCUACGCCACGACUCAAGUGAGGAUGAUCAAUUUUCAAAGUUCAACCUGAUCGAGUUUGAUCGGGCGGGCGAUGAGAAAGACGAAAAUAUCUUCGUAUACCGUUUGGCCGACCGGUACCGGCUGAAGAUUCGAUUGAUCGGUGAACGACCUUGGACGGCUAGCGAGCUGAUGGGAUUCAACAAUACCGGCAAUAUAUGUGUGUGGCCCUCGGAAGAAGCCCUGGCCUAUUUCAUACUGUCCAGGCUGAACAUAUUCGAAAACACCAACGUACUCGAACUGGGCGGUGGAAUGACCUGCCUGGCCGGUCUCAUUCUUGCGAAGUACGGACUUCCUUCGUUUGUCCACGUUACCGACGGAAACGAACUCUCGGUGGAAAACGUUCGAAAAUCACUCAACCUGAACAAGUUUAACUGCACCAUCAAAACGUCCGUACUGAAGUGGGAAUCCGUAGGAAGUGAUCACGAUGUGAACCACCCGGAACGAGCCCGUUACCAGUUCAUUCUGUCAGCGGACUGUCUCUUCUUCGACGAAUCCCGGUCGCACCUAAUCGAUGCCAUCUGGCUGUUUCUGGCCGACGAUGGGAUUGCGCUCGUUACGGCACCCCGUCGGGGUCACACUCUCACCCACUUCCUGAACGAGUGCGUAGCCAAGGGCUUCUACUACGAGCUGCUGCACUGCUACAACGAGGCGAUCUGGAACAAACAUCUGGAGCUGAUCAAGACCGAGGGCUACGACGAGAACAUCCACUACCCGCUGCUAAUAAAAAUGUACAAAAAAGAUUACGACCUGGACCACGCCUGAUGGCAGCCCGGCACCAGCAGCAGCAAAUUCCACACCCUACUUAACAAAAAUGAAACGAGUUUUGCGAUCUCAUGGCACCAAUCAAAACUCCGUCGACGGUAGUUCAAGUGUAGUGUAAUAGAAAAAAAGGGAUUGAAGCAAACUAAACGCUUACGUAUUUUGUGCAAAUAAGUGCAAAUCUAGUCAUUAGUAAACUCUAGUCAAUUGUUCACAAAAAUGCGAUACGCAGGGUUGCGAUUAUUGGAAUAUUGUUGUUGUAGUAAGACUUAGGUAGUUGGUUUAACUUAAUAAUGUAGGAGUGAACAUUUGAGGGCAGGAUAGAACAAAACUCAUUUGACUGAAUGGUUGUUGAGAUGAAGAAAAAUGGAAGUUAUUUUGUAA